AUGGCCUCGGAGCUGGCCAUGAGCGCGGAGCUGCCCACGAGCCCCCUCGCCAUCGAGUACGUGAACGAUUUCGACCUGAUGAAGUUCGAGGUGAAGAAGGAGCCGGCGGAGGCGGAGCGGCUGUGCCACCGUCUGCCCGCCGGGUCCCUGUCGUCCACCCCGCUCAGCACGCCCUGCUCCUCCGUGCCUUCCUCGCCCAGCUUCUGCGCUCCCAGCCCCGGUGGGCAACCGGCCCCCGGUCCCCCGGCUACCGCCGCCGCUUCCCUGGGCUCCAAACAGCAGCUGGAGGAGCUGUACUGGAUGUCGGGCUAUCAGCAUCACCUCAACCCCGAAGCUCUCAACCUGACGCCGGAGGACGCGGUGGAGGCGUUGAUCGGUGCCCCUCACCAUCAUCAUCACCACCACCAAGGGUACGAGCCCUUCCGACCUCAACCCUUCGGGGGUGAGGAGCUGCCGCCGGCCGCCCAUCACCAUCCCGGCCAUCACCAUCAUCAUCAUCACCACCUACGCCUGGAGGACCGGUUCUCCGACGAUCAGCUGGUGAGUAUGUCCGUGCGGGAGCUGAACCGGCAGCUGCGGGGCUUCAGCAAGGAGGAGGUGAUCCGCCUCAAGCAGAAGAGGAGGACCUUGAAGAACCGGGGCUACGCUCAAUCCUGCCGCUACAAGCGGGUCCAGCAGCGGCACAUCUUGGAGAACGAGAAAUGCCAACUGCAGAGCCAGGUGGAACAACUCAAGCAGGAGGUGACCCGCUUGGCCAAGGAAAGGGAUCUGUACAAAGAAAAAUACGAGAAGUUGGCCGGCCGGGGCUUCCCGAGGGAGCCCUCCCCAUCCGCCGCCCCGAAAGCCACCGCUGACUUCUUCAUGUGAGCCGGGCUGGUGGGAUGGGGUGGGAUCCCCUUUUUUGGCUUUUUCCUCAUGCGGGCUGAGCAAACCCGCCGCUUAUAUUUGAAAAAAAAAAAAAAAAAAGAAAAGAAAAAAGAAAAUAAAUAUUAUGAAAUCCCCUCUGAAAUUUUGGGAAGGGGAAGUUGAACUCCCUCCCUCCCACCACGCACCCACCCAUCGGGACCCGGGGUGGGGAGUGGGGGGCAGCCCUGCAUGCGGGACGUGUACGGCCACCCGCCCCCCUUCCCGGGAGCAUCAGCGCCAUCCAGGUGGCUUCUCCUCACCUUUUCCUGCGGGUUUUCCCCUCCAUUGGGAUUUUUAUUCUUCGAGGGAUCCCCACGGAUCGGCCGGGGGGGUCCCCGGCAGCGCUGCGCCCUGCCCGGCCCCUCUGCUCACCCCCCUAUUCCCGGCCGGCAAACCUGAGCCACAUUUAACUUAUUCACCCUUGUAAAUAUGUAGAAAAAUAGUUCGUUUUUGCCUUUUUUUUUUUUUUCCUUUUUUCUUUUUUUCCUUGAGCCUAUAUUUUGCUUGGUGAUUUACGAGAAAAUGAAAACGAACAAAAAAGAGAAAAAAAAACAACAAAAAAAACCCUAAAAUACUUUAGAAAAGAGAAAAAAAAUACACGAGUCUUAAAAGUUUGUAUGUAAUAGCAUGCAAAUAAU